AAAAACCAAAUAGCUUUUGUGUCAGUAUAAAGCUUUAAAUUCCAAAAUAAAUAGAACCAGUAGAUCAUAGUUCGUUGGAAAUAAUUAAUAGUCUUGUUUUUAUAGUUAAAGAAUAAAAGAGCGAAAUAACAAUGUCUCAAACCAAAACUAGGCCUAAAGUUCUAGUAACCCACCCUAACAUACAAAAAGAAGCAAUCGAUAUUCUUAAUGAAAAAUGUGAAGUUAUUAUUCUUAAUAACUUUCCAAUAGUUGACGAAGAAAUUUUUGAAAAAUGUAAAGGAGUUGAUGGAAUAUUUUGGAGAGGUCGUUACUAUCCACUAGGAAAAGAGUUGCUAGAUGCAACUGGACCUCAGCUAAAAUGCAUUUCAACAAUGUCGACCGGAUUUGAAUUUAUGGAUGUUGACGAGUUAAAACGAAGAAAAAUUCAACUUGGAACGACAAAGGGAGUACAGGAUAAAGCUGUUGCUGAUUUAGCUAUUGGUUUGAUGAUAUCUGCAGGAAGAUGCUUUUAUGAAGGACGAUGUUGUAUUGAAAAUUCAACAGUCAGUCUAAGUCCAAAAUGGUUAUCUGGUCAAGAAAUUCGAGGUUCAAAAGUUGGAUUUUUUGGAUUUGGUAAUAUUGCACAGGCAAUUGCUGAUCGUUUGAAAUACUUUCAAGUUGAUAGUUUUUUGUAUCAUUCUCGAAGGCCUUCAGAUAAGGCUGAUAUUUAUCAAGCAAAAUAUAUGACUUUUGAAGGACUUUUGGAGGAAAGUGAUUUUCUUAUUAUUGCAUGUCCACUGACCGAUGAAACUAAAGAAAUAUUUAAUGAGUAUGCAUUUAGUAAAAUGAAGUCAAAUGCGGUUUUGGUUAAUAUUUCAAGAGGAGACGUUGUUGACCAGAAAGCUCUUUACAAUGCUUUAAAAACAAAUACAAUUUUUGCCGCUGGCUUAGAUGUGAUGACCCCAGAACCAUUGCCUGCAGAUGAUCCAAUUCUGAGUCUUCCUAAUUGUGUCAUAAUUCCACAUUUGGGUGCAACAUUAGAAAGGGUACGAAUAGAAAUGGCUACAACAACAGCAAAAAAUAUUUUGCUAGCCCUCGAUGGUAAACCAAUGAUUUCGCCAGUGUUUUAAAAUCGAAAAUAUACCAUGCUGUUUAAUUGUACCUACGAG